AUGUGUUCCCCCACUGAUAAGACUGUGUCCGAUGCUCCUUUGGUCAACAGAUGGAAUGACUUCGACCCCCUAGAAGAAGUUGUGGUCGGAAUAGCUGAUGGAAGCUGUUUUCCCCCGCACGAGCCAGCUUGCGAGUCUGAGUUUAACGAUCAGUGA